AUGGGUUGCGAGUUCAGUGGACAUCACUUAAACACCACUCUGGGUUUAUCGCAACCCCGAACUUCCCAAGCAACUUCAUGCUCCUCGACCAGUAAUGCCUCCUCUACAAGGGGCCCCGGCAGUGCUUCCUCGAUGACUUCACGUGGUUCUUUUGAGCGACGUGGAAGUCUUCUCCUUUCCUCGAGACGCGCACUAACACGUCAAAGAACAACGGAGCAAGUGGAGCACGCUGCAGUCGUUAAGCGCCAACCCCUAAAUGAAUAUUUUACCGAAUUUGAAAAGGACGUUCUUAUUUCAACUUGGGAGGCACUGCUACUGUACACAAAUGAGCACGGCGCGUUUAUCUUUCAACUUGCUGCUGAAAUGUGUCCAGAGCUGAAAACUGCUUACAAUGUAGACACUCGAGGUGACGUACGAAAACCCUCUGACGUGGCCUUCGAGGACUUGUUUUUACAGAUUGUUACCUUCCGCAUUAAGUCAUCUAAGUCGGCGAGUCUGCCUAUGCUGGUAUCCACUGCCCACAUUCUAGAACUUGGUGGACGGCAGCGGGUAUGUGGGUGGAAUGCUGUAAUGUUUCCUGUGCACCUGUUUUUCUCUCGCAGAUUUAAUGGGGAUGACAAGAUGGUAUUUAACUCCUGCACUCUGCAGUACAGCCAGGCCUACAUUGCUUUGAUUGAUGAGGCGAUUCGGUCCCUGGAGAAUCCUCAAGAGGGGUUCUACGAUUCAAUUCUCAUUGCUGGAGCCAGUCAUGCAGCAAUCCCACACAUGAAACCCGACUACUUUAAAGUCCUUAAAAGGGCUACUCUCACGACUUGGGAGGGGCUGUUGGGAGAGGAGUUCACAGAAGACGUGAAGCAGGCUUGGCAGACAUUGCUGGAUUACGUGGUGGCAGUGAUGCUGGAGGGAGGUCGUGUCUUUGAGGAGGAAGAGAGACGCUUUAGCCUCGUGGGAACAGGUGAAAACGAUGACAAGGUGGAAGAGCAGACUCAUAUAGGUCGUCGAGCCGAUGUCAAACUCAGUGAAUAA